AUGGUUCAAGAGUUCAAAGCAAACCACGUGCAAGAUGUUGCUGCCUGUGGAUCCUCAACUGUUGGCUAUGACAAUCAAGGCUACCAGGAGGAUGGGAAUGCAGACGCUGGUCAUCCACAGAAAGGAAAAGGAAAGAGUGAGAAUAAAGAAAAGGAGGUAACAAAGGCGGUCGGAAUUUUUGAACUGUUUCGCUUUGCAGAUCGAUUGGACAUCCUGUUGAUAUUACUAGGACUGAUCUGUGCAAUAGUACAUGGAGUUGCUUUGCCUCUCGUGAUCAUUGUUUUUGGAGAAAUGACGGACAGUUUUGUCAGCAGUGGUAUCAUGCCUAACAUCUCUACUGCAGCAUUUAACAACAGCUCAACAGAUGCAUGUUUUAAAAUACCUGGACUGGAUUUGGAAGGUGACAUGACACUGUUUGCCCUCUACUUUAUGGGUCUUGGGUUCGCUGCCCUGAUUUUAGGCAGUUUACAUGUCACCAUGUUUUUAUUGGCUGGCAUACGACAGACUGGAAGAAUAAGGCAAAAAUUUUUCCAUGCAAUUCUUCAUCAAGAAAUGGCUUGGUUUGACUCAGUCCAAAUAGGUGAACUAAACACAAGGCUGCUGGAAGAUAUAAAUUCUGUCAAAGAGGGUCUCGGAGACAAGAUCAGCAUAUUCACACAGUUAUCUAGCACUUCUGUGACAGGAUUUAUCAUUGGAUUUGUCUAUGGAUGGAAGCUUACACUAGUCAUAUUGGCAGUGUGUCCCCUUAUCAUGGUCAUAGUAGCAGCAUGGACAAAGAUGUUGACAACACUGAACAGUAAGGAACUGACAGCUUAUGCUAAAGCAGGGGCAGUGGCUGAAGAAAUUCUAAUGGGAAUAAGAACAGUCUUUGCACUUAAUGGCCAACAAAAAGCACUAGCAAAAUAUGAAGCCAACUUAAAGCAUACUAAAGAUAUUGGAAUAAAGAAAGCCGUCAUCACAAAUAUUUUUAUAGGACUUCAGCGCUUUUUCAGUUAUGGUGCCUAUGCUCUUGCAUUUUGGUAUGGGUCCAAACUAGUUGUCGAUGAACCUGAAAAUUAUUCAAUUGGACGAGUUUUGAUUGUGUUUUUUUCCGUGGUCGCAGGAGCGUUCUCACUUGGCCAGGGACUAUCGAACGUAGAAAGUAUUUCAAAGGCUCGAAGUGCUGCUUACAACGUGUAUAGUCUUAUUGCAAAGCAUCGGCCCAUAGACAGCAGCUCCAAAGUUGGUCAUAAGCCAGAUAAUAUCAAAGGAGAUAUUGAAUUCAAGAAUGUUCACUUCGCCUACGCAACUAGACCAGAUACAGUGAUUCUUAAGGGCUUGAACAUGAAAGUUUUGAGUGGACAGACUGUUGCAUUGGUUGGAGCCAGUGGUUGUGGUAAAACUACAACAAUUCAACUGCUCCAGAGAUUUUAUGAUCCAGAAGAAGGAGAGAUCACUGUUAAUGGGCAUGAUAUCCGUACUUUGAACGUGAAGUGGCUGAGACAACACAUUGGCAUUGUUAGCCAGGAACCAAUACUAUUUUCCACAACAAUUGCUGAAAACAUACGGUAUGGUCGAGAGGAUGUAACUGAUGCAGAGAUUGAGCAAGCUGCAAAGGAAGCAAAUGCUUUAGACUUUAUAUCAAUGCUUCCUGAUAGAUUUAAUACAAUGGUUGGUGAAAGAGGUGCCCAGCUGAGUGGUGGACAGAAACAGAGAAUUGCUAUUGCUCGUGCGUUGGUCAGAAACCCAAAGAUCCUUCUGCUGGAUGAAGCAACAUCUGCUCUUGAUACUCAGAGUGAAUCUAUAGUGCAGGCAGCAUUGGAUAAGGCAAGAACAGGUCGGACCACCAUUGUGAUUGCCCACCGCCUCACAACAAUUCGCACUGCCGAUGUUAUUGCUGCCUUUGACAAUGGAGUGGUCACUGAACAAGGAAAACACAGUGAACUCAUGCAAAGAAAGGGUCUCUAUUAUUCCCUGGUAAAGCAACAGAAUUCUUGUAGGGACAGUGAAAGUGAUGAAGAAACAGAUGAUACUUUGAAGGAAGUGAAACCAUCAGAAAAUGAACAGAAAAGUGUAAAGAUUAUUAACAGGAACAGCAUUAAAAGCAGGAACAGCAUUAAAAGCAGGAAAUCAAGCAGGAAACAUCACCAAUUUGCUUCCUCUGAACAAGAGCAUACAACAAAGGCCAAUGAACAAGAAAAAGAACCGGAGGAAAGUUUGCAAGAAAUUUCAUAUUCACAAAUUCUUGCUUUGAACAAGCCAGAGUGGCUGUACAUUGCCAUAGGCCUACUCACUACCGUGAUAUCCGGAGCUGUCAUACCAGCGUUUGCUGUUGUGUUUUCCAGGAUUAUUGGGGUUUUUGCAAUCUUGGACCCUGACUUGAAACAACAGAAGACUGCCAUGUUUUCAUUGAUAUUCCUGGCUCUAGGUGCUAUUUUCUUUCUGAGCUACAGUAUACAGGGAUAUAUGUUUGCAAAGUCUGGAGAAAUCCUAACUAUGAGGCUGCGUGGAUUAUCUUUUAAAUCCAUCUUGCAACAGGAUAUCAGUUGGUUUGAUGAUCACAAGAAUGCUGUUGGUGUGCUAAUAACCCAUCUGGCUACAGAUGCAUCACAGGUUAAAGGGGCCACUGGAAUACGACUUGGUAUGAUGGCAAUGAAUGUUUGCACCCUCGGGGCAGAUAUAAUCCUUGCAUUCAUUUUUGGCUGGCAGUUAACUCUCCUCAUCCUGUGCCUUAUCCCAUUUCUUCUUGCUGCAAAUAUUAUUGCAAUGAAAUCAGUUCUGGGACAUGCAUCUAAGGACAACAAAUCUCUUGAAGAAUCUGGAAAGAUUUCAACAGAAGCUAUAGAGAACAUUAGAACCGUGGUAUCUUUAACAAGAGAAGAUGCUUUCUAUAAAAAAUACAUGGAACAUGUAGAUAAACCUAACAGAACCUCCCUCUCAAAAGCUCCACUCUAUGGCUUCAGCUACGGAUUGGCACAAUGUGUUGUAUUUUUUGUGCAGUCUGCAGUCUUCCGAUUUGGAGCAUGGCUCAUCGUAAAUUGUUUCAUGACUUUUGAGAAUGUGUUCUUGGUUUUUGCUGUCAUUGUAUUUACUGCUGCGCACUUGGGACAAUCUUCAACUCUUACACCAGACUAUACAAAAGCUAAAAUUUCUGCACAAAAGAUAUUCCAACUUUUAGAAAGGAAGUCACUAAUUGAAUCUUACAUCGAAGAAGGAGAAAAACUGAGCAAUUUUGAAGGGAACAUUGAGUUCUGUGAUGUGAAAUUUUCAUACCCUACACGGCCAGACAUACAGGUCCUGAAGGGUCUGAGUGUACAAGUUCAUAAAGGCCAAUCUCUGGCUCUUGUUGGAAGCAGUGGAUGUGGAAAGAGCACAUCAGUUCAGUUACUUCAGAGAUUUUAUGAUGCUGUUGAUGGACAAUUGUUGGUAGAUGGGAAAGAUUGUAAAUGUCUCGCCUUGUCUUGGUUGAGACAACAGAUUGGAAUCGUAUCACAGGAGCCCAUACUCUUUGACUGUAGCAUUGCUGAAAAUAUAGAAUAUGGUGACAACAGCAAAACUGUAACUCAAGAAGAGAUUGAAGAGGCUGCAAAAGCAGCUAAUAUUCACAAUUUCAUACAAAGCUUGCCUGAAGGGUACAACACUCGAGUAGGAGAUAAAGGAACACAACUUUCUGGUGGUCAAAAACAAAGAAUAGCCAUUGCUCGAGCCCUUGUACGUAAACCAAAGAUCCUACUCCUUGAUGAAGCAACAUCUGCCCUGGACAAUGAAAGUGAAAAGAUUGUCCAGCAGGCCUUGGAUAAAGCCAGGCAGGGUCGAACCUGCAUCAUCAUUGCCCACCGGUUGUCAACAAUCCAAAAUGCUGACAUUAUAGCUGUGAUACAGAACGGUCAAGUUGUGGAAAAGGGAAAUCAUAACCAGCUCCUCAGUAAAGAGGGAGCCUAUCAUGCACUUGUCCAUGCACAAGUUCAGCAUUAAUAUGAAUAUUGCCAAACUGAUUUCCAAUGGCAUUGGUGUGAGUUUCAUCUGGUACUCUGCUAUUGUAACUAUAACACGUCCCAAGCAUAUUUAUCUGUACAUGUCAACUUUGAAAAUGAAAAUUUUAAUCAGAGGAUGCUGCCAUUCGCUUUGUUUUAAGAUUGCACAUACAAGUGCAAUUUGCUGAAAUGUUGUUCAAAAAAUGUGAUUUUUUUUAUAUUAAUGGAAACUUUGUGUAUUUUUCCUCAGAUGUUCAAGUAGCACAUAAUUGGUUAUUGCCUGUUCGGUUUUGAAUUAUCAGUCACAGGUGCUCCAACAAAGAGUAGAAUUUGUGUUAUCCCGCACUCAAUGGACUUGGGUGUGCCAGUAAAUAAAAAUGCCAUUUGCUAGGGAGUUACUACAAUGGCAACAACAACAGGUAGAAGAAUGUGAAUUGAUUUAUAUAGUGGUGCAUUUGAGUGUCUCGGAGAGAAAUAGCUGUCAGUAAUAAACACAAAGAUGUCUUUUAUAAAACGAGUAAAGCAUCUGAUAACUAAAUCCCCAUUAAUGGUACAAAAAGAAAUGUGUAACAUUUAAAUAAGUUCUGCUCUGCACUUGGCAUGCGCCACAUUAUGGCUUUCUGCGGAGAUGUAUUUUUUGCAUUUUGUGAGCAGCUCAGCCGCACACCCUGUGGCUAAAGAAGAAAGAAGUACAAAGCAUGAAAACAUAAGUUAAUAGUCUUAAAUCAGAAUAUCACCCUCAACAGAAAGUCAAAAUGUUUAAAAUGUACAUGGUUUGUUGUGAGCAGAGGGUGUAUCAUUCUGGUUGGUGGCGAAAUCCAGUUACUACAGUGCGGAUAACACAAAUUUAAUUGGUUUUUAUUUUAUUAUUCACUAUUGUAAUGUAAAUAAUUUGGAACGUAUCUUCGAAUAUCUCUGCUUUUCAAUUGAUUGACAAUGUCUGGUAUAAACUAUCUCCUCAUUUUUCAUAGGCUGUGGACUUUGCCUUUUUUUUGAUGAUUGUACAGGUAAAGUCACCACAGUCUCAGAGGGCUGUUCUUUCAUCAUAGAGAGACAACAGGGUUGGGGGCGUGCUUGGUGAUUUUUAACCUGAGGGCCACCAUAACUUGGGUAACGGACAAGUUGGGAAAGACGGGAUCUUCAGGGGAAUGUAAGCCAGUGUGGGAAUUGAGCCAAUGCUUAUGGUGGUCACUCGGUUUUGCAAACUAGACAUCCAGCCAAGUGAGUUAACUUUUCAGCAGAGCGACUCCUUAGAGUAGGUACAGAUUGUGUACUGGACGUAGAAAGGACCCAACAGCUGAAAAGUGAAUGAUGUCGAAAAUUGAUGUAGUCUCACUACUGUAAUGUCUACAGCCCCUUGAUUUGUGGACAAAUGCAUCAACUGCACCCUUCCAUUAAUGUAUUGUGUGUGUGUGUGAGAGUAGGACAGAAAAGGCAGGAUACCAGAACCAAGAACUACAGAGAAACACUGAACAAGCAGGAUAUCAAGAACCAAAACAAAGUUGCUGGAAAAGCUCAGCAGGUCUGGCAGCAUUUGUGAAGGAAAAAACAGAGUUGACAUUUCGGGUCUGGUGACCCUUCCUUGGGAUAUUAGAGCCACAGAACCCUCACUGUGCAAAUAGAGCCAUUUGAUCCAUCAACACUCUGGAAAAACCUCCACCCACACUAUCCCAGUAACCCCACAUUUACCUAGCCUGUACAUCCAAUCCCCUAACCCACAAAUCUUCAGACUACCCUGAGGAAACCCACACAGACAUGGGGAGAACAUGCAAACACCACACAGACAGUCAGCCAAAGUUGGAAUUGAACCCAGGUGCCUGGUACAGUGAGACAGCAGUGCUAACCACUGCUCCACUACUAUGCUGUCUGUUCUGUAGAAAGUCCUAAUAAAAUCCUUGAAAUUAUGAAAGAAAUUGAUAGGGUAAGCAAAGAGGAUAUAUCCACUUGAAGUUGUUCAAAACAGGGAGUCAUAAAUAUAAGAAAGUCACUGAUUUAAAAAAAAAAUCCAUGAGGGAAUUGUUUAGCUAAAGCAGUGACAAGGUGGAAGCUGUUAAGAUGGACUGCUUAUGAAUAUUAUUGAUGCAUUUGAAAGUAAGUUAGAAUUAAAUGGUAUAAGGUUAGAAGAAAUCUAACAGAGCUAAAAUACUGGCAUAUUUCUGUAACUGGGUUAAAUGGUUCUGUUUUAUUGUUUUAAAAUGGUAUAAUUCAGUGAAAUUUAAAAAAUCAUUACAUCAGUGUAACGGAAUAAAGC